AUGUCUCUCCCUCCCUACACCCCAGCGCCUCCCUCGAAGGAAGACCUUGACUAUGUCAAGCUUGUAAAUCUCGAUCUUGCAAAAUUCGACGACCCAGUUGGCCGACAAGAACUUGCGAAAGAGCUCUAUGAGGCUGCAACAGGAUAUGGCUUCCUGACUCUUACGAACCAUGGCAUAUCCGAUGAAGUCUAUGCUCGACAGAUGCAGAUUGCGAACGCAAUGAUGACUCUGCCGCCUGACGAGAAGGCACCGUAUGAAGUCACCCCCGAAGAAGACGCUCGUGGCCUGUACGUUGGUUACAAGCCAGCUGGUCCACUCGGACACAAAGGCGGCUUCCCCAAGCAGCUGGAUCACUACAACAUCCUCGUCCAUGAUCCGAAGAACCGCCCCCACCCAGAGAUUAUGAGACCCUACCUCAAAGAGACCCAGGAGGUGAUGCAGUUUAUCCGCACGAAUAUCCUCAAGAAGCUGUUGACAUUGGUGAGCAUGAUCUUGGAGGUUCCCGAUGAAGCAGUGCAGGCGACCCAUGCAUCCGGUGGCUCCAAGACAGAAUACAUCAGAUACAUGAUGUGCGAGCCUCGUCCCCAGGAAGAGAGUGAGAAGUACCGUGACAUCUUCCUCUCCGGACACACCGACUGGGGCUCUUGGACGUUCUUGUUCUCGCAGCCCAUCGCCGCACUCCAAGUUCUGGACCACAACGACGGCAAGUAUCGCUGGGUCGAGCACCAGCCCAAGGGUCUUGUUAUCAAUUUCGGAGAGGCUAUGGAGCGCUUGACCGGGGGCUUAUUCAAGGCGACCAUUCAUCGUGUGGUACAGCCACCCGUGGACCAGCGACACCUGCGUCGUAUUGGAGUCAUCUACUUUGCCCGCCCUGCCGAUGAUCGCGAGUUGAAGCCUUUGGAGAACUCCCCAUUGCUACAACGCCUUGGGCGCGACAAGCCCAUGGAUGAUCGAGUGUUUUGCAUGGCUGACUACCUUGAUGCACGGAAGCACGGUUGGAAACGGUAUGAGUACGAUAUCGACCGGCCUAUGGACACUGGAAAGCACGCGGACUUCUUCGCUGGGGAGUAUCCAGACCCGGAAGGCCAUAAGAGCUUGGGAAAGUUUGACAACGUUGCUAGAGAGGUGUACGUGCCCGUGCUAAAGGCGCAGUGA